AUGGCGAUCCGUCGGUCCGCGCGCAUUCGUCGCGCUCAAGAAUCUCCGGAGGUUGAGGAAAGUACUCCGCAACCUGAGCAGGUCGCACCUUCCCGACUUGCCUCUGUUGCCGAGGGCGACGAAACUGAACUUCCUCGCGUCCAAACUCCUCAAACCAAACAAUCCUCACACAGUUCAUCCUCACACAAAACCCCCACCGCGUCUGCUAAGCGAUCAUCUACCAACGCGAUCACUCCCACCAGUGUAAUGGCGCGUCCGUCGCGAGCAGAAAUGCACCCGAGCAAGGCUCAUCAAAGCACCGCCAAGAAAGCCGACUCCGGUCUUAUUCUUGGAUUCAAUCCUAUCACGAAAGAUGCCGAUGGCAAGGUAGUGGGCAACAGCAUCAGCGACAAUACUCCGACAAAAUCGAAGCCGUCGCCCGCAACCAGUGGCUUUGGAACUCCAGGUUUCGAGUUCAAGUUCCAGUCGCAGGAAACAGACCUGAGUGAUCAGGCUAAAUUGCUCAUGGACAGUGUCCGUGGCGAUGUUGCCCGAAUCAAGGCCGAAAUGCUUGAGCAGAAAUCGAAGCAAGACCAGGAGGAUGAUAAGGCUGAGAACGCACACGGUGACCGGAAGAUCGCCAUGCCUAAGGGCAAGGCUGGUCGCUUUAGCGAUGUUCACAUGGCCGAGUUCAAAAAGAUGGACUCAAUUGCGGGACAUGCCUCGUCUUUCCGUGGCACAGCUGACCGUUUUGUCCCCUUGACCAAGUCUCUGAAGCGGUCCAAGUCCAAGGCUCAGCUUGACGAGCCCGACAGUCACAACUCAUCGCCCUCUCGAUCCCCAGCCAAGGGCUCCAGCUUGCCAGCGCCUCCUGCCGCCUCGGCCGCUAAGCGCGUCAAGCACAACCAGGCUGAAGAUACGUCUGCUCGUUCCCAGCCCUCAAAGGCCGCCGACACCUCGAAGGUUGCCGAGACCCAGAAGGCCGAGACUCCUCGCCGGCCAGCGGGUCCUCGUCCUCGCCCGUCCGUCCGCAAUUCACUUAUGACUCCUACACGCGCAUCCCUUGCUCGCUCAACUGCUAGUGUCAAGGCGCCCAAGACCUCUUUGAUUCCAUCUUUGAAGCUUUCCCCGGCUGCCAAAACAAUUGCCUCGCCGCGCACUCCGCAGACUGAUUUCAACCCUCGCUUGAAAAGCAAAUUGCCGACCCUUGGCAAUCUGAGAUCUAUUCUUCGUCGACGUCAGCCCCUAUUCUCGCGUGAUCCAGCCAAGAUUGCAUCUGGGACCCAUGUUGCUGCGCCCGACUUCAAUCCCAAAUGCCUUUUUGCAGGAGCUGGUGACGUCAGUGAUUCCGCGCCAACUCCUUCGCCCAAGAAGCACGUUGAGUUUACUCCUAGUGUCAAGUCUCGUCACGAGCUUGCCGUAGCAUCACCUUCUCCCUCUAAGGCACCUUCCGCUCACCGUCUUUCUGUUUCCGGGGAUGUGAGCUAUCCGACACUUCCCACUCUUACACCAGAAAAGAAGUCGACUGACACAGAGUCUACCACCCCAACUUCUGCCCCCAAAUCUAUUCGGCGAGUUCGCAAAUCGAACGCGGGUGAGACGGCCGCUGCUUUCCCAGAGAUCCCUGUGGUGACACACGGCAUUUCUCAUGGAAUCAAGAACAAGAAGAGACACCGGGAUGAAUCCGAUGACAACGAUACACCUACCGCUAAAAGGACCAAGGAUGCCUUGGUUGCUGAUACUCCGUCGGGAGAGCGCAGCACCAAAAGACUCAAAGCCACUCCUAGCCCGGUCAAGAAGCGAUCUAUCAAUACCCCUGUGCGGCCCUCCACCGGUAAUGUGGGCACUCCCGUCACCGCCAGUGCAAAGCAAAAGAGCCGCGGUGUUCUUAGCAUGAGUCGUCUCAACAUGCUUUCCAAGCCCAAGGGACGCGCCCAGCCAAAGUGA